UAAUUCGCGCAGAGCAUGAAAAGUGGGAGAGAUAGCGGGUUGAACGACGCCGCGGAGCCCGCGGAGGGGAUGCUGUCGCCAUUGUCGCCAAUCGUUGCUACGUUUAAGUCGGAGAGGGAAGAUUUGGCCCAGCAGCUGCAUCAGCAGGAAGAACAGGAGCAGAGCAACACCGUCAUCAUGGGCAAGCAGAAUGGCGAGGAUUUGGAUCAGGAUGCGCAAGAGCGGAUGCUCAAGGAAGACAGCACCGCGAAGAUCGCGAUCGAGAAGGACGAGAAAGAUGAGAAGACCACAGAGGUAAAAUUUAUCUCGGAGAAUGGCGACGCCAAAAUUGAUAUCGAGAUGGUAAAGGCGGUGCUCUCUGGAAUGGGAAAGGAAGAAUUGAUGAAAUUUGCAAACGACCCAUUCUGGGUAAGAUUGCGAUGGGCUUUGUUUAUCUUUUUUUGGCUAUUAUGGCUUGCCAUGUUGGCUGGUGCUAUAGCUAUCAUUGUGAUGGCACCAAAAUGUUCCGCUCCCGAACCGAAGAAAAUAUGGGAGGAAAGUGCCAUUGUUGAGUUAGAUGCUGCAGAUGUUUUUAAUGAUGACUUGACAGCAUUGGACCUUACACUGAAAGAUUUGAAAGAUCAAAAUAUCAGGGCUAUAUCUCUCUCAUCUGUGGUGAACGAAAGAAUAAAUGAAGGAAUCAUAGAUUUUAAAGCCAUUAAACCAAAAUUAGGAAACAUUAGUGAUUUGGAAAAUCUCAUCAAAAUAGCAAAGGAGAAGGAUCAACAGAUCUUUUUGGAAUUGGAUCCCAAUCAUUCCUCCAUGGAACAUCCAUGGUUUAAACGAUCUGUAGAAAGGCAGGAUCCAUUCACGUCUUAUUAUGUCUGGGCUGAUGGAAUAAUCAGCUCCGAUGGUGGAAGAGAAAGACGAAGUCCUCCGAAUAAUUGGUUGAGUGUAUAUGGUGGAUCCGCGUGGGAAUGGAACGAACAAAGAGGCCAAUAUUAUCUUCAUCAAUUUAAUAAAUCGCAACCUGAUUUGAACUACAACAACCCAGCAGUGGUGACUGAGUUUGGAGAUAUCUUGACUCAUUGGUUGAAAUUGGGCAUUAGCGGUUUUCGUUUAGCCAAUACUCAAUAUCUAACGGAAGAUCCGAAACUGCACGACGAGUCUAGAAGCAUUCUUCCUGUAGAUCCAAACAAUUAUCAGUCGUUGGUACAUGUUCAUACGCGCGAUCGUUCAGAAAACGCUGCAGUUUUAUCGAAAUGGCAAGAAAUAGUUCGCAACGAAACUGCUGGCAAAGGAUUAUUUGCGUUGCAAGAUGACAUUGGUGCAGAUAUUUUGCAAGUUUAUAAUGAAAAGACAACGAUUGAUCUACCGCAGAGUUCGCAUUUCCUCACCACUGCCAAUGUGAACUUAAACGCAACGGACUUGCGUAAAAGUAUAUCACAAUGGCUUUCAGUUACGCCGUGGCCUGCAUGGAAUAUAAAUGGCAAACAGCUUUCCUUGAGGCGACGCAUGCCUAAAGAAGUCGCUGAUAGUAUCGUGUUAAUGACUAUGCUACUACCAGGUACGCCAAUUCUUCAACUAGAAGACGUUAUGUCCGCGAAAGAUGCGUUUGCAACCUUGUCAUGUGCUCGAAACACGUUAACGUUUCUUCACGGAAAUACGACGCUUAGAGUAGUAAAUGGGACUGUUUUCGUAUACACGAGGAGUUGGCUAAAAAGCGGCAAUCCUGGAUAUCUCGUAGCGUAUCAGACAGGAGAAGAAUCAGCCACUAUAAAUCUAUCUACAAUACCGCGAAUAUCGGAAGAACUCAAUAUAGUUGCGCAUAGUCCUAAUUAUGCUCAAAAUAUGGAAGUUAUGAAAACAAAAUUGCCGGCGAAUGCUGUGCCGAUAUCAUCGAAAAGCACACUGGUUUUAACAUUUGUACCAAAGGAGGAAUCAUAAUUGAGCCACAAGAUUAUUCAAACGUAAUCCGCUAUAUAUUUUGGAUUACGUUUUUGCUUUAAUAUAUACGACUAAAAAAAUAGAUACUAAUUUAUACCAAAAAGAUGAAUUGCAUUAAAAUUUUAAAUAACUAACUAAAAGCUUAAGGGGAUCCGGGAGUGACAGAAUUACCAACAUUUUUUUGGUUACUUGGAUUUUUGAAUUAGAACAACAGAAUAAUAAAAUCCUUUUACAGGAUUAAAGUCCGCACAAAAAUAAAGGGGGCGACGUAUCAUUUGUUCUAAUAAAUAAAAAAAUUGUUAUUAGUCACCUAACGACAAUAUUUGCUUCAUACGAAAAAUCUACACUUUAUAUAUACUACACUGUAUAAAAUAAUCACGUCGCUUCCUAGAAAACUCUCAGGAAUAAUAUCGGGCAAUUAGAAAAGAUUAGAAGCCUAGAAAAAAAGAUUCGCAUUCCACAAAUUGGAAAA